UUCCAUAUUCUGGCCCUUUACCGUUUUCUCUACAAACCAAACAACACCAAUCCAACCAUUCAUCCUCCUCCUUCACCCAGCAAAUUCCAAAUUCAAGACCAGCAAGAGAGUUGACGGCAAAAGAGACGGACAAACAAAUUCAAAAACCUCUUUUUUUUCAUGGGAAUGUCUUGAUUUGGAAGAAGAUAUUUAUAGUAAAUGGCAGCCAUUUCUACAUGCUUCUUCGCAGUCACACCCACCAGGAUUCAAUCCAUCCUAUUCUCUCAAAAACCCACCUCCCUUAUCCUAAAACCUUCACGAAUACACUCUUUUAAUUCUUGGAAUUUGAGCAAAAAUGGGGGUUUGAGGGCAAGGAGGAGUCCAGUUCAUUUGGUUAGGGCCAGUCUUGACGUUGAGGUUAAGACUGGAGGGAUUGUGGAGAGUGAUAAGCUGCCCUCUGAUGUACGGAAGCGGGCUAUGGACGCUAUUGAUGCAUUGGGAAAGAGGGUUACAGUUGGGGAUGUUGCUAGUAAAGCUGGGCUACAGUUGAGUGAAGCUCAGAAAGCUUUGCAAGCUCUGGCUGCUGAUACAAAUGGCUUCUUGGAGUUUUGGCAGGUGUCAGAUGAAGGUGAUGUCCUGUAUGUAUUUCCUAAGGAUUAUCGUUCAAAUCUCACUGCUAAAUCAUUUAGGAUGAAGAUUGAGCCUUUGCUGGAGAAAGCAAAGCUUGCAGGUGAAUACUUAGUGAGGGUUUCCUUUGGUACAACACUAAUUGCUUCGAUUGUCAUUGUCUAUACAACCAUAAUUGCUAUCCUCUCUAGUAGAAGUGAAGAAGACAAUCGGGGAAGACGAGGCAGAUCUUAUGACAGCGGUUUCUCAUUUUACUUCAGCCCAACCGAUUUAUUUUGGUAUUGGGAUCCAUACUAUUAUAGGAGACGACGAGUUCGCAAAGAAAGUGGUGGGAUGAACUUCAUUGAAUCUGUAUUCUCCUUUGUAUUUGGUGAUGGUGAUCCAAAUCAAGAAAUUGAAGAGGAGAGGUGGAAGUUGGUAGGGCAGUAUAUAUCAUCAAAUGGUGGCGUUGUUGCUGCUGAAGAACUUGCUCCCUUUCUUGAUGUGGAGACUCCUAACAAAACGGAUGAUGAGUCAUACAUCCUUCCGGUGCUUUUGCGGUUUGAUGGUCAGCCAGAAGUAGAUGAGGAAGGAAAUAUCUUGUACCGGUUUCCAUCACUUCAGCGUACAGCUACUCCACAAAGGAGUGGAAGGAAGGAGUAUGUAGGAAAAAGAUGGACUGACUGGGUUGGACAGGUUGAAAGAUUUCUUCAAGAGAAGAAGUGGCAAUUUAGUAAAACAAGCUCAUCGGAAAGGGCAUUGGUCAUUGGAUUGGGUGGGCUCAAUUUGUUUGGAGUCAUUGUUCUUGGUACCAUGUUGAAGAACAUGACAGUCAGUCCAAGUAGCUUCAUCUCAUUUGUAUCAGAGAUAUUUCCGUUACUUCAGAUCUAUGCUGGCUCAUUUUUCACCAUUCCUUUGAUCCGAUGGUUUCUUGUUCAAAAGAGAAAUGGUGAAAUUGAAAGAAGAAAUCGAUCCAGGGAACAAUAUGCACAAGUACUUGAACGACCCGAUGUCUCACUGCGGAGGAAGCUCCUGAGUGCCCGGGAUAUGGCACAGAGAACUUUUAUUGGCCAGGAUCGAAUUGUUUACAGUACAGACAGGGACUUAUAUGAGCAAGAUUAUGAUGCACAACAAUGGGAGAAAAGAUUCCGAGAAAUUGAAAAGUCUGAAUAGAUGGUGUUAUUUAAAGGUGUUUUGUAAAGUCUCGAGUUUUAUACACACAGAGACUCCGAUAAGUUAUACCUUUCAAUGCCUCCAGACACGACAUAAGGCAGGCAAAGCUGCAAGUCCACCAACUGUUAGCCAUUGUGACACUCAAUUUGGUGAUAAGAAUUGGAGCAUUCCAAACAGUAGAUUGUGAUGUAAUCAGCAACAUUAAUCCAGGCUUGAGAACUACAAGAUUCAAAGUGUAGUUCAUUAAGAAUGUUCAAGUUGUGUACUUGAUAUGACACUCGAUCUGCUACAAAUGCCAGGCUUUUGUAACUAAAUUAGCCUUGUUGUGACAUUUAGUCAAUUAAGAUGUUACUGUGGUUACUCUGUAUGUUGAAUUUGGGAACACUUUUUCGAGCACAAUUAUUUGAAUAUUUUCUGACAAAAGCAUUGAACAUUGUUUUAGAUUGUUCCAUGCAAAACGCAUGAAUAGGAACUAUGGACCUUGUCAUUUUGAAAA